AUGUCGACAAGCAAAGACUCCACAGGUGCGCCGGCACUCAAGCAUGUCGAUAUCGUCCGAAGACUGUUCCCUGAAACGCCGCCAACGAGCCCUGUCACGUCAAAACUCUCGAUAAUCGAUGCUACGGUCGGCCGUUUCUCGCCCACGGCAGCCAUAUGGCUUUAUGACAAGCCGACGGAGGCGGAAAUCCCGCAUCACAGACUCUUCGACACGUUAACUCAGGCACUCGGCCGAACCCUGAACGACUACCCGCACUUCGCCGGCCAGAUCCAAUGGGCCUCGGAGAGCAUGGUCAAGGACGACGAUGUCCCGCGACACCUCGGUCGACCAGUAGUUGUCCACGGCGCGCCAACGGACCCCGGAGUUGAGGUGGUCAUCGCCAGCCACGACAUGCGCCUCGACGAGGUCGUCCCUGGCCGAGAUGAAAGAGCAACGCGGCUGAAGGAAUGGAACGCCUCGGACUUCAGACAGGCCGACUUCCUACCGGACACCAAGACCGCGUUAUCGUCCUUGAACGCCUUGGAGGGCCUGCCGGCCGUGGCCGUCCAGCUCACCGCGUUCAGAUGCGGAGGCUUCGGCGUCAGCGCAAAGAUGGCGCAUCCCCUGGCCGACGCCGUCACGCUGACGACCUUCAUGCACUCCUGGGCUGCGCGGUCGCGAAUCCUCUUCGGCAACGGGUACGCGGCGGGCGAUCUCGACGUCCUCAAGCCGGUUUUCAACCCGGCACAGCUGGACCAAGUCGCCGGACUGCGUCCCGGAAGCCCGCCCGACCCGGAUAGAGUUGCAAAGGCCCGAUCACUGCCCAUGCACCGCUUCGACUGGUGGGCAGAGGACGCGCCGGGCUACCCCCAAGCCGUCAAGCCCGCCACGCUGGCGACGAUGCCGCCGCCCGACGAGCUGGCGACUACGAAGCUCAGCCCGUCUACGUUUCCGCCGUGGCCGACGUGGGACAUGGCAGCGGCAGUGGACCACGUCCAGAUCCGCUUCGCCGCGGACGAGCUGGCGCGGAUGAGAGAGGCUGCUCAGGCGAGUCUGCCCGACGAUCUCAAAUCUCUGCGCAUCUCCAGGCUCGACGCUGCGCUGGCGCACAUCUGGACGCUGAUGAACCGCGCCCGCGGGUUCCAGGGGGACAGAGAGAGCGUGUACGUGAACAUUACCCUCGGCCUCCGGAACCGCGUCAGCCCGCCCCUACCCGACACGUUCGUCGGAUCCCCGCUCCUCCUGGGCUAUGUCGAGAAGACGGCGGACGAGGGCGCGUCGCGGCAGCUCGGCCCCGUCGCCGGCGCCAUCAGGCAGAUGAUGUCGCGGUUCACGCCGGACGCCGUGGCCGCCUACAUCCACGACGCCGCGCACGAGGUCAGCCCCCAGCGCCUGUGGCAGGGGUUCCCGGGGACGCGCCACACGAUCGUGACGUCCUGGGUCCGGGCCAGGACGUACGAGCUGGAUUUUCUGGGCUCGGGAGGGUUGGCUCGGUACGUCCAGGGCGUGAUGCCCAAGAUUGACGGCCUGGUGCAGAUCAUGGAUGUUGCGGACACGGGCGACUUCGAUGUCAGUGUGUGCAUGCAGCGGGAUGCCAUGGGACGGUUGCUGAAAGAUUCUUUCCUUCGUCAAUAUGAGAAGUGA